CGAGCGAGCAAACGGCGGCGGCUGCAUCCGGCUGCCAGGACCUGCAAGAGAGGCUGGAGGGUUUGCUGAAGGAUGCCGCGCUCAGCGGGACAGCGGGCGACCGGUCGGAAAGCGCCAAGGCGCUUGCCGCAGCCAUUCUCAGCGCCUGCAAGGCUCACACCAGCACCCACUCAAGCAGCAGCAGCAGCGCCGGCACCACCCCCUCCACUGUGCCGAGGCCCCGUCAACGUACUGUCGUCGCAGCCACCUGCGGUGCUGUGUCGCUGUGUCUAGCCGUCGUUGCAAGCUGCAUGGCGUGGGUGGUGUGGGUGCUCGUGGACCGCGGCGUCAUCGGGCCGGCGGCGCUUUACUUGCGGCACGGAGAGGGCUACUAUUAGGAAAAGACGGGCUUGGUUGAGCGGGUAGUCGAUGGAGGAAAAUUACGGGGGGAGCACGGCAGUAUGAGUAUGGGAGGGGGUGCGGAGGAACGCCUGGCAAUGGAAGAGGUAGGUUUCUCCGGGCAUGGUUUGCAGCAGCGCUGAAGAGUUGGCCGUGCGACACGGGAAAGGAUAUGGGGCUGAGCGAGGAUAAAGGAGUGAAGAAUGGCAAACUGUUUGAAGUGCGUCGAAAGUGGUGCAGGAUGGUAAGCGUCGGCAGUGCGGCAGGUGGCUUUACUCUGUUUAGUUACGCUUUGUACAGCAACGAACUUAUCUCAAAGAUUUGUGUGAAAUGGCGAAAUGAACUUGAGCCGUGUUACUAGCACGGUGUAUACUAGCAGGAGGGCUGUAAUGGGACGGUGGGUAGUGGUAGGACCGGGGAAGGACGGUACAUGGCAGGAGUUUGCUGGUGUACAGUCAUGUGGCAACAACGCCCAGCAAGCGCCUCCACUGGAGGCAGAUUGGAAGUCGACCAAAGUUGCAAUGAGCGCAUGACUUAACACUAAAG